CGAAGAAGAAGCUGCACGUUAACGUGAUAGUGUAGUUGCAGAGAAUUUGUGACUACGUUUUAGACCGUAGCUCUGGCCACAACAAUAUAGCUGAAAUUGAUUGAUUAUAUUAUGGAAAGCGACACCGAGAUGGAGGACUUCGAUAGCAGCGAGGAGGGGAAGCAAUUGGUCUGAUGAUAGUUACCUUGCAGACGAAGACUUCAGCUUCGACUAUCAGGAGGGAGUGGAUCCACACGAGGACGCUCUUGAUUGGGAAGAGGACUCAAAUGAAUCAGCAGGCGACACACCACCCAGAGUCACACAAAGGAAAGAGAGCCAAUCUGAGAGUGGGGUAAAGUGUUCUGAUUCUCCAGAAGAACCAUGGUUACCAUGCAAAGGUUCACAGUCAACAAGGACAUCAAGUGUUAAAACGGAUGAAGAUGAAGCCCCACUGCUGAGCACCUUGCAUCCAGACCAACAGCGUAGCCCGUCAGUGAAUUUGUCAACAAAGACCUAUUCUCCACGUAAAAGAGUGCCGGCCUCACCCUCAUUAAAGUCCAAAGUACCACGUCUCUCAACCCCAAGAAAAAACUCUCGCUUACCACACAGAACAACCGAGUCAGAUCAGCCAUGGAAAACAGAGGAACACCCUGAUGAGGGUCCUCAACCUUUGAGAUUUUGUCCAAGCAGACCUCCUGGACCUCAAGUAGAUCCCUCAGCCAUGUACUCACCGUUAGACUUAUUUCAAAUGUUUUUUACAAAAGUCACGGUCAGAACCCUCUGCGACAAUACAAAUAGACAAGCGGCUAGAAACAUUGGUAGGGGCAAAAAGUUUAAGUGGAUAGAUAUAACUGUGAAGGAGUUUUACAAAUUCAUUGGAUUGGUCUUCUUUACUGCUCUGGUUAAGACCAGAGCUAUCAGUGAUUACUGGAUAACAAACUCCAUCUUCUCAAUUCCGUUUCCAGCUACUGUGAUGAACAGGGAUAGAUACAGAAUCAUAUCAUGGAACAUUCACAUGAGUGAUCCUGAUGAGGAUGCUGUCAAUGACAGUAAAAAGGGCACUUCUGAAUAUGAUAAGCUAUUUCGGCUCAAACCAUUAAUGAAUGACAUUCGUCAUGCCUGCAUGUCCUGUUUCCACCCACAUAGAAACCUGGCUGUAGAUGAACGGAUGGUGGCAUCAAAAGCAAGAAAUGGGUUGAUUGAAUAUAUCAAGUCAAAGCCCACUAAAUUUGGCUUUAAGAUUUUUGUGUUAGCUGACUCCAGCAAUGGCUAUACAGUGGACUAUGCUGUGUAUAUCGGUAAAAACACGUUUCCCGUUGGCUUUGGAAUUUGUCACGAUUCAGUGAUGUCCCUCGUAAGGCCCUCUGUUCUUGGCUCAGGUUACCACGUGUAUCUUGACAACUACUUCUCCAGCCCAAAAUUAUUCAAGGACUUAUUUGAUAUGAAAAUGGGAGCGUGUGGUACCAUGAGGGAAGGCAGAUUGGGCUUCCCAAGAUCAGAAGAAAAUGCGCUGACCAAGAAAUCCCCAAGAGGAUCUUUACGGUGGAUAAGGGAGGGCUCCCUGCUCUUUGUGAAGUGGAAGGAUGCCCGGGAAGUGUCAAUGGGUACCACCAUUCAUCAAGCGUAUGGAGGGGAGACAAUAAAAAGGAAACGCAAGAAUAAGGAUGGCAAAUGGUCUCAUGAGUCAAUUCCAGUACCCACCCCAAUUCUAGAAUACAAUAAAAACAUGGGAGGUGUUGACUUAUCUGACCAACUGAUUACUUACUUCUCAGCCCACCGCAAAACAAUGAAGUGGUACCGAACAUUGUUCUACCAUUUUGUGGACAUAGCGACUACUAACAGCUACAUCAUUCACAAGGAUCUGUGUAAAGUGAACAAGAUGCAGCCCAUGACCCACAAAGAAUUCACACAAGCGCUCGUGGCCCAGCUCUGUGAGGUGUCCAUUGAGACUCAGUCCAAGCCGACAAACACUGGACAUACACCUGUCCCGAUCAAGCCUGUGGCAGACAAAAGCAAGAGAAGUUCUGCAGGACGAAAGCGAUGCGAACUCUGCAAGAAAUCGGGACACUCCAAAGACACUCCCUGGAAGUGCAAUGAGUGUGGCGUACCACUUUGUGUCAUUCCAGACAGAAAUUGCUUUCAUGAUUGGCACAACCUUGAGGGAAUGGCCCCAGUUGAGUAUCAGUCUUCGGACUCUUGAGUAAAGCUGUAAGACUUGUGCAGCUAUAUCCUAUCCAUCGUAGAUGAGGAGUGCUGUUGGAUCUGUGCCUUAUUGCAAAUUUUAGUGUAUUUAAACAAAAUGCUGCUCUUUUUCUAUUUUGACUUUUGAUAGGAGUAAUACUUUUGUGUUGUUUUUCAAAGAUAAUGGAUAUCAGGUCAAAAAAUUGUCAAUAGGGAAAGGUUAAAUACAGUGGGGAGAGCAAGUAUUUGAUACACUGCCGAUUUUGCAGUUUUUCCUACUUACAAAGCAUGUAGAGGUCUGUAAUUUUUAUCAUAGGUACACUUCAACUGUGAGAGAUGGAAUCUAAAAAUCCACAUU